AUGCUACUUUACUUUAUCGCUUGCAUCUCCUUCUUUCUGUUUUUAAAGCCUGUCCUCUCUCUCAAACCACUUCCAUCCUGGGCUGCUGAGGUGAGGUUGAUCUCUCCUUUUUCUUACAAAGACUUGUCAGUGAAGUCCAUCUCUAAGUUGUUUAGGAACCGCUUUUGGCUUGCUUUUCCUUGUCAAAUUCCCACGAGAAUGUCUCUAGUGAAGAGGACUCUUACUUCCAAGGUGGAGAGUAUUGAAGACUCUCAAAACAUGUCAGUGCUGGACUUGCCAGACCUGGUGUUGGAAUGCAUUCUUGAAAAGCUCCCUCCAGCUCCACUUUGUCAAAUGGCUGGUGUUUCCCGUUCCUUAAGGGAGAGGUGUGUUAGUGAUCACCUCUGGGAGAGGCACAUGAAAGAGAAAUGGGGUAAAAUUAUUGGCGAAGCUGCUUAUAGGGAGUGGAAAUGGCAUGUUGCUUCCAGAGGGAAUGUUGGAACUCCUAGACUUGCCAAGCAAAGCAGCUUGAUGAGGCUUGUGUCCCUUCAUUGGCCUUUUUCAUGGAUGACAACCAAGGUGGAGACAAAUAAUACCAACAAGCAGUCAAGUUAUUUGCCUCGUGAUUCAUUCAUGACAUGGUAUCUUGCUCUUGAGAGUGGCAACUUCUGGUUUCCUGCUCAGGUCUAUAACCGGGAGAAUGGCCAUGUAGGAUUUAUGUUAUCAUGCUAUGAUGCUGAGCUUAGCUAUGAUCCUCAAACUGACACCUUCCAAGCCAGGUAUCCACCACAUGGAAGAAGGGCAGUUGCAGUAGAGCAUGGCAUUCCAUGGGAAAGGCUAAGAGCACCCCCUGUUGAUACUCCUCCACAUGAUCUUCAUAUCUCUGAUUGUCUACAUGAUUUGCAUCCGGGCGAUCACAUAGAGAUUCAGUGGAGAAGAAACAAAGAAUUUCCUUAUGGUUGGUGGUAUGGUGUUGUAGGCCACAUGGAGGUAUGCGAUGGGAACGAAAAUUACUGCCGCUGUCAUAGUAGUGACAUGGUGGUGCUAGAGUUCAACCAAUAUAAUCGGGACUCGCGUUGGAGGAAGACAAUUAUCAGUAGAAAAGAUCAUAGAGAAGAAGGAAAUGAAGCAGAUGGCUUUUAUGGGGGAAUCAGAAAGAUUAAGAGUGAGGCUGAAAUUUCCCUUUGGAAAAGCAUUUGGCCUCCUGAAAUCUUGGAUUAA